CUAUUCUAGUGUUCUGUUGAAGUAGAGAGGUGUGCGUAGUGUAUUACCAGUAGAAUGCAAUUGAGGCAGCAGCAUGGGAUGUACAGGAUCCUUGCAGCGCUGUUCUGGACGUACUGUAGCUUUUGCAGACUCUUGUUGGGGAUCCCGAUGAGAAGAGUGUUACAGUAGUCCAGUCUAGAGGAGACGAAGGCGUGAACCAGUUUCUCAGCAUCAGCUAAGGAUGAUUGACAUUUGCCUGUGCUGAGUCAAGUAGCAGAAUGCCCGGUGUGCCCUGCGGGGCCUUGCAACACCACACUGUGCCCGUAACCUGUGCCAUUAUCUGUUUCUGGCUGCUGAUCCUGGUCCACUCUGCCUUUUGCCAGAAACCUGCUAAGCUGCCUCUGGUGGGCCGCAAGCCUUUCCUUGCAGCCUGGAAUGCUCCACUGGACAUGUGUACCUUGAAGUAUAAUGUCAAUGUCAGUCUUGAUCUUUUCCACAUCAGCGGCAGUCCACGAGCGGUCCACACAGGCCAAAAUGUCACCAUCUUCUAUGCCAACCGCCUGGGCUACUACCCUUUCUACAAUGAACAAGAGGUUUCCAUCAACGGAGGCCUACCUCAGAACACUAGUCUUGAAGAACAUCUUCGCAAAGCCCAAAAAGACAUAGCACACUUCAUUCCUUCAGAAGACUUCCGUGGCUUGGCUGUAAUCGACUGGGAGUACUGGAGACCGCAAUGGAGUCGGAAUUGGCACAAGAAAGACAUUUACCGACAGAAUUCGCGCAAGCUGAUCGCACAGGCAUACAUUAAUGUGACUGAAGAGCAGGAGGAAGAGUUGGCACGUUUGCGAUUCGAGAAGAGUGCCAGGGCGUUCAUGCAGGGCACUUUGCAGCUUGCUACUCAAACUCGCCCACAUGGCCUCUGGGGUUUCUAUCUGUACCCUGACUGUCACAAUUACAAUGUUCAUGCACACAACUACAGUGGCACAUGCCCCCAACAGGAAACUCUCCGAAAUGAUGAGCUGUUUUGGAUGUGGAACAGCAGCACUGCCCUUUUUCCGGCCCUGGCGAUACGCAAGGGCCACAUGGACAGCAUUCGCAACCUGCAUUUCUCGAAGAAUAGGGUAAUGGAGGCGCUGAGGCUGGCCUCCCUUACCUCAUUGCCCUAUGAGCUUCCUACAUACGUAUACACAAGACUGGGGUAUAGGGACGAGGCAAUGACAUUUCUGACUCAGAAGGACUUGAUAAACACAAUAGGAGAAAUUGCUGCUUUGGGAGCUGCAGGUUUUGUAAUUUGGGGAGAUCUUAACCUCACUUCCUCAAGGCACAACUGUUCCAAGGUGAAGGCAUUUCUAAACUAUAGACUGGGUCAGUACAUCAUUAACGUUACCCGGGCAGCAGAAGUUUGUAGCGAAUACCUGUGUCAGUUGAACGGACGUUGCAUCCGCCGAGACCCCGAGGCACCCCACUACCUGCACCUGAGCCGCACCAGCUACCGCAUACUGAACAACCGCAAUGGCACCUUCAACGUGACCGGCAGGCACUCCCAGCACGAGCUGCAACUGUUGGCCGAGAGGUUCCACUGUCAUUGUUAUCAGGGUUACCAGGGGGAUCGCUGUGAUAGCAUAGAGCCAACCGAGAAAGAGAAGGACAACAUGAUAGAAGAGGAUGUGGAGGAAGAGAAAAAGGUGGAACAGGAGAGAAACGUAGAGAAUAGGGAUACUGCUGUGCCUUUACAAAAUGCCUUUGUACUGACCACUCUUAUUCUCCUGUUGAAUUUUAGUUGUAUUUAAAGUGAUAGUUCACCCAAAAAUGAAAAUGAUGUAAUUAUUUACUCAUCCGCAUGUCAUUCUUUAAAAAUGUCUACUUUUGUGUGAAACUGAAAAAAUAACAUGGUAUUUACAUGGCGAGUAAAUAAUUGUGCUUUUUUUGUGUGAACUAUUCUUUUAUGAAAAUGUGCCCAAAAAGCCACACAAUGGCACAUCAUAGCUCAAUUGGGUUUCAGUGAUUUGCAUUAGUGAAGAUUUUUACAACUGACGUCGCUGUUUGGUGAUGUAGACGCAGGCUUGUUUGCAUAAAUUGGAGUUUGACUAGAUUCAUAAUGACUGACUGUUCUGAAUCUUAGUUAUCAUUACCAUUACCAUUACCAUUAUAUGCUUUGUAAUUUGUACUGAAUGCUAGAUUCGUAUGUUCAUUUGUUGAUGGAUUUCAACAGGAAAAGUUGAAUCUAUGCAUUUUUUUUUUUUUUUUUUUUUUUUUUUACAAAGCACUGACACCAAGUACUUACCUGUGACUAGAGACCCAACAUUAUAAAACCAAGCCUAUCCCUUUAAAUAAUGCUUGCUGUCAGAGCACUUCAAAGUCAGGGAGCAAACUUAUCUAAAACGGGGUACAUGAAAUUGUAGCCUUCUGUGAUACAAACGUUGUAAUGUAAUCAAUGCAUUUAAAACCGGCCAAAUAUGAUAUGUAAAGCUUUAAAAAAAAAAAAAAAAAAAAAAGGUCAUGUGACACAUAUUACAUCAUUUUGCUUACAGUAGAGGAUUAUACACUUAAAGGGAUAGUUCACCAAAAAUGUAAAUGGUCUCAUCAUUUAAUCACUCUCAUGCCAUCCCAGAUGUGUGACUUUCUUUCUUUCUUUUGCUAUUAACAAACAAAUACUUUUAGAAGAAUAUCUCACCUCUGUAGGUCCAUACAAUGCACGUAAAUGGUGACCAAAUCUCUGAAGCUCCAAAAAGCACAUAAAGGCAGCAUAAAAUAAAUCCAUAAGACUCCAGUGGUUAAAUCUGCAAACCGAUAUGAUUGGUGUGUGUGAGAAACAGAUCAAUAUUUAAGUCUUAUUUUACUAUAAAUCUGCACUUUCACUUUCUUCUUCUUUUGUUUUUGAUGAUUCGCAUUCUUAGUGCAUAUCACCACCUACUGGGCAGGGAGGAGAAUUUAUAGUGAAAAAUAACAUUUACUUACUUUUACGCUGCCUUUAUAUGCUUUUUGAAGCUUCAAAAUGUUGGUACUCAUUCACUAUCUACAUUACGGAGCUGAAUUAUUCUUGUAAAAAUCUUUGUUUUCAACAGAUUAAUAAGUCAUAUAUGGCAUGAGGGUGAGUAAAUAAUGAGAGAAUUUUCAUUUUUGAGUAAACUAUCACUUUACGAUAUAAUCUUAGAUUCAUCAUUAUUUUAGUUAACAUGUACUAGUAGAACAUAUUAACCAUAUAGCCCACUGUCUUUAAUAAUUAUAAAGAUAUAAAAUAUAGAUUAGCAAAGAUAUUAUGUGCCUCAAUUUAUGAUAUACAUAUUUUUCCUGAAACAAAAGUAUGGGUCCAGUCACAAUGCACAUUAGACUGUUAUUAUUGUUAAUUAGAGCUGGUUGUUGCAUUUCCUGUCCUAUAAAGUUAUAGUAAUGUACCAAAUCACAUUGAGUUGCCUAUGUAACUUGAAAGCUAUUCAAAUAGAGUACAAACACAAUCACACUACCUAGAUUACAGGUAUGGUGAGUGAAUUCAUAAUUUUAUCUUUUAAAAUAUAGAUCUUUAUCAAUAGCCUACUGUAUAACAGAAGAAAAACAAUGUACUGAUUAGAUUACUGAUAGAGAAACCUCACAACCAGAGUUAAAGCUAAUUUGCAUAAAUUACAAACAUUUAAAUCGCAGAUUGUCAUUUUGUUUUUUUCUAAAAUAGCUCUCUCUAAACCGAUGAAGAUUGCAUUUGUUUACUCAAUGCAGGAAAUUGUAUGUGUUAAACUGUGUGUAAAGUUAUUGUAGCGUAAGGUGUAGGUGAAUGUGAAAAUGAAGAGUAGACUGAGUGUUGCAUGUUUACUGAUUCAAGAACAGCACUUUACUUUACACAACUUAAAGGUCAGUCUUACCAUUCAACAAGCCAGGCCCCAGCAAAACCAAACACACCAGCAUUCUCAGUCAGGCAUAGCUGCUCCCCUCCAACAACGCCGCUCGUCUUCGGAUGAGCUGACUCGAGAAUAAUUGUCCUUUCUGGUAUCCUUUGCUUUGAGAUGCUAAUUGCAAUUUCCUAUGCUUCCUCUUCGGGAGAGAACUCUCAUCCCCGGGGCCAGGGUGCGUCCUAGACCCCUGUACACCGUUCUUCAUGGCUCGACGUCUUCGCUGCCCUGAUUGCACUCCGUCGUUCUCGUGCUUCCCCAUCACGAUGCAGAACUCUUUUCCCUCUGCUCGGAUAGCACUUACUGUAUGCUGUGAGUGAUCAGGGAAGCUUCAGAUUUGACUGCUGCUUUGUCCAUUCUUGAAUUGCUUUGUCCCAUCCCAUUUCUGACACCACUGUAGCAUAAGGCAUGGGUGGAUGUGGAAGUGAAGAGGAGACUGAGUGUUGCAUGUUUGCUGAUUCAAGAACAGCUCUUUAUUUUACACAACUUAAAAAGAAGUCUUACUAUUCAACAAGCCAGGCCCAAACAUUCUCAAUCAUGGUAACUCCCCCAAAAUAAAAACCCCUUUUUCAAGCCCAGCAUAACAGAACAUGAGAUAAAAGAUAUGCCUAUUCAUUUAAUUUCUUCCUAAACACAACUUAUUUAACACUUAACUGCUUAAUUUAACUAACACAUUCCCAGCCCUACCCUGAGCAUCCUUGAAAAUGGAAAUCCCUGCACAAAUUCAACCACCCACCACACAUUACUUCACAGUAUAUAGGAUGGGCAAGGAUGAAGCGGGAACCGGUAGAACAGUCAAUGUAAACUUAAAUGUGAAACUCAAUUUAAAUCAAACAUAAACAAACACAGACACAUAUGCAACGUGGCUGAGUGCGUUUCUCUCUCUCAAACCAGCGUCUCCGGCUGCCCUUUAUCUUGCUCUCCUGCUGAUUCCCGCUGAUUCAAUGCCAGCCAUGCUCCAUCACGCCCUGGCCAUGCCCUCCUCAUCGUCACAAUGUGCUUCUAUCUUUUUUGCUCAUCUGAACAAAGCAAUAUAGAACCACUGAUACUGAAAAACAAAACAUAGGAAGGUAUAUACCUCAAAAUCUUUCAAUACCUAAUCUUUGAGUAGAACCUGCAAAUUGCUAUAUAUUUGUGAGUUUGACAAAUAUGUCCAGUUUCAGGUUGAUGAAAUAUAUUGGACUAUAUUUUGUCACUAUUUUCAGGCGUAUUAUUACCUGCUUUUGACACAAUAACACAUAUGUGCAGUUUUGAAAAAUAUCAUAUUUUGUAGCAUUUUUUAGACAAUAUGGGACAAUAUUAUCAGAGCCUUUAAUGUCAUUCAGUGUCUUUAUUACCUCGGUGCUAAACGUUGCCAGUCUCCAAAUAUAUUUCCACAAACAAUGUAAAUAUAUAUAUAUAUAUAUAUAUAUAUAUAUAUAUAUAUAUAUAUAUAUAUAUAUAUAUAUAUGCAAUGUGUAAUUAAAUACUUGAUGGGGUUUUUUAUAUUAAGCAAUACUACCAAAUACUAAAUGAAGACAAUGUAAUGUGCAACAAAUGUUGCUUGACUCUUGAUGCACUGCAAAUAAAGGAUUGU